AGCGUGCAGUGUUUAUCGCGUUUUUACGAUAAUAAACAAUCAACUCGUUACUAUUACUGUUUAAUGCUCAUAAUAAACAAAUGAGCUCAUUAAAAUCGGUUCAAUAUGCCUUAUGAGUUACACAGAGCUUAGUUCACGUAUUGAAUUGGUCUCGAAUCCUUCUGUGGUGAUCAACAUUCAACAAUGGCUCAAAAUAAGCAAGAAAUUCGUAUAGCGACUUACAUGUGCCCUACUCAUCCAGUGCAGCUUUACGAAUUAAUAAUGGAGCUGUUAGAAGAUGCUCUUGGCUGUUAUACUACUUUGCAAUAUGAAAGUAGAAGCCCGGGACCAUUGCCGGACCGCCCGGAUCCAUUUUCUACUAACACGAUCGAUCUAGCCUUUAUAACGGCAGCUGCCUAUAUGAAACUAGGUGCGAAACGAAAUGACUACAUUGAACUGCUACCAGUAACACCAGUUUUCGCUCAUCAGAUGAAUGUAGAAAACAAACCGGGAUAUUUUUCCGAUAUCAUAAUUCACAGUGAUAAAAAGGCUCACAACGUAAAUACUUUACUGGAUCUCCGGGGGUGUACUUUUGCAUAUAGUGAUGAAGAAUCGCUGUCUGGAAGCAAAUUGGUUUUAAAAACACUAAAGGAAAAAGGCGAAAACGCAUCAUUUUUUGGAUCUUUAUUAAAAUCAGGAUCUCAUCUUUCUUCUGCUCAGAUGGUACUCUCUAGACAAGCUGAUUGGGCUGCAGUUGAUUCGACAACACUUCUUAAUUCAAAAAAGUUUAUGUAUGAUGGUGGCAAAGAUAUUAUAACUUUGGAGACCCUAGGCCGUUUGCCGCCGUAUCCUAUUAUAGUUAAUUCUAAACUAAAUGCUGAAACCAAGAAGGCUAUUACUAACGCCCUCCUAAACCUGCCCUUAACAUCGAAGUGGAAAAAUAAAUUUGCUAAAUUUGGAGUAAUUAAGUUUGCGGCCAACAGUGAUGUCGCUUAUGAUGGGCCGGCUGCACAGAUGUGGGCCAUCCAAAACGAAAAACUCAAUGUUCGGUAUUAUUAGAGUAUUUCUUAUUGUUUCGUUAGUGUAUAUCAUUUAUAUUUUGUAUACUGAUUAUACUAUUUUCCUACAAUCAUGACAUGUCAAAAAUAAAAAUAAAAAUUAAAAAAUUGCGA